AUGGAAGUAGACGAUGAUAAAAUAGACAAUAAAGAUCGAUUAAAACAAAUUGUUAAAGAUAUAUGUUUGAAAUUUGAUACAAAAUUACAAGGAUCUAAUGAAGAAUAUAAAAAAUGUCGUGAUAAAAAUAAAAUCUCAUCACCAAUUUUAUUAUGGUUAAAAUAUAAUACAUUAACAACUGGUACAAGAGAAUUUCGUUUAAAUCCAAAUAAAAUUGGUAGUAGUAAUGUCCAAAUACGAAUAACAAAUCAAUUAAAAUCACUAAUGAUUAUGAAGAAGAGAGAUAAAAAAAUUAUCGAAUUUGUAAAAAGUAAUGCGAUAUUAAAAACUGACUAA